AUGUCACAGAUGCUGAUCUCUUAGCAUAACCUUCAACUCAUAACUCAGAAAUAGUGUAAAACCCUGAAAUACUUCACCAGUUAGAAAAUCCUAAUUAAGAAGAUGAGAACCCACAGGAGAAUGAUCCAAAUAAGGCACCUUUUAAGAAAGGAAGAAAAGCGAGAUACUUUUGUUUGGUGCCAAUAAAAUGAACUUAUAAGGCAAUUGCCUGAAUGUCCAUAUUGCGAGAUACCUAUGAGAGUCUCUAUAAACUCAAAAAAUAUUCAUGAUGCAAGAGAGUAUUCUUGCCACAAUAAAUGCGGGAAUGUAAUUAGUAUCAGGCAGGGAAGCUUUCUUGAUGAGUUCAAAUGUACAUUAAUGGAAUUGAUAAGAAUUGUUUUUUAUUACUAUUGUCGUGGGUAUACUGUUGAAACUGUUCAUAAAGAACUAGCAUUUGGAAUAUCAAGAACUGGUGGAAUUGAUAUGUCUAAACAAAUGAUUCUUGAUCUGAAGAAAAAGAAGCUAGGAGGUGCAGGUGUAGAGGUCUGGAUGGAUUCAUACAAAUUAAACUUGAAAACAAAUUCUGGCGUUGAAGAAUUUUGGAUUGUAGGUUUUAUUGAGAGGUCAACCAAUAGAUCAAGAGCUUAUCUUACUAAUGAUAUUAAAAUAGACACAAUAGCAUUAUUUAUUGCUAAAACUGUUGGUAGACAUACUACCUUAUGCACACCUUAUUAUCAUUAAGUAGGUUGGGAAUUCUUGGACAAAUUUUAUGAUCACCAAAGAUUAAGAAAAGAAAAAGGUGAGUUAAGGAAGGGUUAAAGAAUGGGAGGUAGAUUGUUAAGUGGAUUUGAGUAUAUGUGGGCUUAAAUUAAAGAACUAGAAAUAGUAUUCAUGAAAUUAGGCGAGAAAACUCGUCGAUUAAAGAGAGUAAAAUCUCAUCUAUAGUGCUACUUAGAUGAGAUGGUUUGGCGUAUUGAAUGCAGAACUCUUGAUGAAAAGAGAAACUACUUGCUUAAGACCUUGAAUAUAACUGAAUGGGGAAAGUAUGUUAAGAGAUUAGAAAAACUUCAGAAAAAGAAAUAGAAAAUUGAAGCUAAAAAUAUUGCUGAGGAAAUGAUGAUAGAAAUGGAAUAAGAAUAAAAAAAGAGGAAAAAAUUGAAAAGAAAAUUUGGUUGUACGAAUGAAGACGAUGAGGAGGAUGAUCCAAUGGAGGCUAGACGUCGAAUGUUUGGUGAGGAAUCCUAAGAUAGCGAUGAUAGUGGCUGUGGUAGUGAUGACUCGCUUGGUAAUGCUAGAGAGGAAGAAGAAGAUGAAUUUAUGAUUGUACUCUAGGCUGUAAGGGAAAGGAAGAAAAAUGAAGCUGAAAAUGGGAAAAUUCUCCUCAAAGAUAAAUUAAGUUAAACAGGUUGGAAAUUAAGAGAAAAUUUUAUGAAGAAAACUAAUGCUUACAUAGAUGACAAAGACAGAAUUGAUGUAUUUAAUGGAGUGCCUUUAUAACAAGAGAAAAAUGAUGAGCAAAGUGACAAUGAAGAUGAUGUAAUUAUCUUAGACUAUUGA